CGCCCCUCGGCCCCAAAACCCUAGUACGUCCGCCCCCAAUCCACCCGCCGCCACGCACCAAACCUCCGCCGCCGCCGACCUCCAUCCUCGAGCGCCAUGAGGCCUCUCGACGAGAAAGAGACCACCCAAGUAUUCGAGAAGCUCUUCAAGUUCACGGGGCCCAACCUGAAGCACCUCCUGGAGCGGCCCGCCGUCGAGGGCCCCGACCCGGAGCCCGGCCGCUACUGCCUCCGCCUCCACCGCAACCGCGUCUACUACGCCUCCGAGGCGCUCGUCCGCCGCGCCACCGCCGUCGCGCGCCCGCGCCUCGCCGCCGUGGGCACGCCCAUCGGCAAGUUCACCCACCACGGCGCCUUCCACCUCACCGUCCACGCGCUCGACCUCCUCGCGGCCCACGCGCGCCGCCGCGUCUGGCUCAAGCCCGACUCCGAGCGCUCCUUCCUCUUCGGCAACUCCGUGCCCAAGUCCUCCCUCGCGCGCAUCACCGAGAACACCAAGGCGGAGGACGGGGUGGUCGUCAUGUCCAUGGCCGACGUCCCGCUCGGCUUCGGCAUCGCGGCGAGGUCGGCGCAGGACUGCAGGAAGGCCGACACUAACGCCGUGGUCGUGCUGCAUCAGGCGGACGCCGGGGAGUACCUCCGCAAGGAGGAGGAGCUCAUGUGAGGUGUGCCAUGGCUAGGGGGUGCCUGAAAAUGUCAAGGCGCAAAGCAAACUCCCCCCUUCUUUUCUUUUGGCUGUUUCGGGGUGUAAGAACUUGUGGUAUUUCCAUUUCUUUGGAAUGGAAACGGGGCUCGCCUUGAUUCAAAAAAAAAGUGUGCCGUAGCUUGUGGUGCUGAAAGAUGUAUCUUUUUGCACUUGUUUUUUGAUAUGUAAGCAGAUCAACAAUGGUUUAUAGUUGAACGAUGAGUGCAAACCGAUACUAGAAGGGUGGUCUGCCGUGUAUCUUAGUCCUAGUUUUCAAUAGAUUUUGUCGCCCGUAACCUGUCUGUAUGCUACUGGAGUUCCUCAUGUAGUAUUUCUAGACUAGAUGAUGAAUGAUAUAUACUAGGUCCUGGUAGCAGUUGCAAGGAUCAAAUUA